GGUUCCGCGUCCCCUCCACAGUCCACACCUCACUUUGAUCCUCGCCGAGCUGGGCCGGAGGGGUGUCCUGAGUCACCCUCAAGUCAGGAGCAGCAAUGUAUAAGGGCAGCUGGAGGAGCAGGAGAAGAUGUGGGCGGAGGAGCCACCCGCAGAACCCAGGGCGGAGGGAGCACGGCCCCAAUGAGAGGCUUGAUGAGGGGACACCACGAAGCCCACAGGAUUCUGGCCCCAGGGAUGACGAGACCCCGUCAACCUCUUCCGCCACAGCUGGAGAUUCCUCCGUGCCAGAGCUGCCCGGGUUUUACUUUGACCCCGAAAAGAAGCGCUACUUUCGUCUGCUCCCUGGCCAUAACAACUGCAACCCGCUCACAAGGGAGAGCAUCCAGCAAAAGCAGAUGGAGAAGCGGAGGCAGCAGCUCAUGGAAGAGGACAAGCAGAAGAAAGUCGCCAGAGUGGGAUGUAACGCCUUGUCCUUGCUACGUAAAAGACAGCUGGGCUUCCUCAAGGACCCCACGUAUGCCCGUCUAGCCCACGAGCUACGAGUGAGCUGCAUGCAGAAGGGGAAGGUCCACAUUCAGAGCUCAGACCCCUCCGCUUUGGCAAGUGACCAGUUCAACCUCAUCCUGGCCAGUACCAACCGAGACCGGGUGUUCACAGUCAUCGACAUCAAGGCCGGCGGCUCCAAGUACAGCAUCAUCAACCUCAGCGGUCUGCAGAUCCCAUCCCUCACCGUGAGGAUGUAUGAAAACCUGUACUUCACCAACCGCAAGGUGAAUUGUGUGUGCUGGGCCUCGCUAAACCACUUGGAUUCCCACAUUCUGCUGUGCCGCCGGGGAAUCGCCAAGACUCCGGGCUGCGCCACGCUGCUGCCGGCAUCGCUCUUCUCCCACAGCCAGCCAGCAACUGCAGACCAGCCUGACAUGCUCUGCAGCUUCCGGAUCCCCAGUGCCUGGUCCUGUGCAUGGUCCCUGAACGUCCAAGCAAAUAACUGCUUCAGCACAGGCCUGUCUCGGCAGGUCCUGCUGACCAACGUGGUGACGGGACACCGGCAGUUAUUCAGGACCUGCAGUGACGUCCUGGCCCAGCAGUUUGCUGUCUUGGCCCCCUUGCUGUUUAAUGGCUGCCGUUCCGGGGAGAUUUUUGCCAUUGACCUGCGUUCUCAAAGCCGGGGCAAGGGCUGGAAGACCCUGAGCAUGGCCCAUGACUCGGCAGUGACUUCCAUGCAAAUCCUCCAGCAAGAACAGUGCCUGAUAGCAUCAGAUAUGGCUGGAAAGAUCAAGCUGUGGGACCUGAGGACCACCAAAUGUCUAAGGCAGUUUGAAGGCCACGUGAACGAGUAUGCCCAGCUGCCCCUGCACGUGCAUGAGGAAGAAGGCCUGCUGAUGGCAGUGGGCCAGGACUGCUACACGAGACUCUGGAGCCUCCGGGACGCCCACCUGCUCAGGACCAUCCCCUCCCCUUACCCCACCUCCCAGGAGGACAUCCCCAGCGUGGCCUUCUCCUCUCGGCUUGGGGGCUCCCGGGGAGGGCCUGGACUGCUCAUGGCUGUCCGACAGGACCUCUACUGUUUCUGCUACAACUGAAACCAAGAGACUGCAUGGGGUUUGGCUCUGGAAGGUGAAGAGCAGCCGUUGCACUUGUUUCUAGCCCAGGCCUUUGAAGCAGGCACCCAGCGUACACCUCCGACCACGCAGCUAGACGUAGGUGGAGGGAGGCGCUGAGUGUUCUUCAGUUAGUUACAUUAAAUUAAGGGCUCAGGGAGUCAGAAAGUCCUUUGCAUAAAAGGUGCCUAUUUCUACUCACUCCCAACAAAAAGACUUCGUUUGGAGGAGAGUAACUAUUUGCCUCUUCUUUCACUAAAGUUGCUUUUGAGAAGCCUAGCUCUGAGACUGGCUGGGAUGCAUUCAUUAAGUUCGUCCCAGGCAGACACCACCUCGCCUGUGUCUGUGGAACAGGACAUCCAUUCUCUGAGUCUGCAGAAUUCAGGCUGGAGUUUGGACUCGGCGAGCUUGGCCUUCCAGAACCAGUUCACUCUCAGUUGCAGAAACCCCUGGGAUUCUCUGCCUACUAUUGUCUUAGGCAUUGUUGGAAGACAGAUGAAUCUUCUUUAAGUACUCAACUCGCUGCCACUGUGCCAAUUCCAACUUCUAGCCACCUUACGGGAAAAAGUAGAACUGCUCCUUUGGGUUUCUGAGGCUGUAAAUCUUUAGAGGAGCAGAAAUCCUCAUCUUUCUCCCAAGCAGUAGCUGCUAGAUUCUAACUACUGGCCUUGCUAGCAGGUUUUAAACAGGCCUUUGGUGAAGCACCUUCCAAAACAUUGAGUGUAGCAGCUCCUGUUCUUAUUACAGUGCUUUCUGGGAACGUCAGAUUCAAGGGCCUAGCUGCGCUGGGGGCAUAGUGGUUACGUGUUGGGCUGUGAUCCCCAAGCAAUUCCAAACCACCAGCGGCUCUGAGGGAGAAAGAUGGGCCUUGCUGACUUUCUACUCAGAGUUAUCUCAGAAACUCAACAGGGGCAGUGCUACCCGGUCCUGUAGGGUCGCUGUGAGUCAGAAUUGACUCAAUGGCAGUGAGUUGUUGCGUCUGAAAGCAAAUUGUCGUGAUUUUUUGGUAACCUAAGGGAAACCAUUUUUGAGCCGUUCAGACGCAAUGCUGGAUGAUCCUGCUUUUUUCUGUCAAACAAUAAACUAGAACCAUGCA